AGCACUGCACCAUCCGUCGUCGUUUCGUGGUUCUCUAUUACUCCAAGUUUGUCGUUGAAAGCACUCAACCUUGUGAGAGAGUGCAGGUGAAGAAGGUAAAAGAACGAAGCAGAGAUGGAUCCAAAGCUAACCGAGGUUUCCCAGAUCUUCGAUCGCUUCAAGGCUGCGUUUCGCCGGAACGACUUCGAUAACUGUUCCGAUCUCCUUUCUCAGCUCAAGGUGUUACUAACAGGGUUCAGAAGCCUUCCACCGUUGUUUGAAAAUACACCUAAUGCAGUUCAUGAGUUAACAAUUGCAAGGGAUAUAUACGAGCAUGCUGUCGUCCUCAGUGUGAAAACUGAGGAUCAAGAUGCCUUUGAGAGGGAUUUCUUCCAGCUGAAACCUUAUUAUACAGAUGCCAGUAAUCGUAUUUCCCCAUCUCCUCAGGAGUACCCAAUACUAGGCCUCAACCUAUUGAGACUACUUGUCCAGAAUAGGAUUGCUGAAUUCCAUACUGAGUUGGAAUUGCUCUCAUCCGCUGCUCUAGAGAAUCCUUGUAUUAAGCAUGCUGUGGAGUUGGAGCAAUCUUUUAUGGAAGGGGCUUACAAUCGCGUCUUAAGUGCUCGACAGACAGUGCCACAUGAUACAUAUGUUUAUUUCAUGGAUCUUUUGGCCAAGACAGUCAGAGAUGAAAUAGCCGGAUGCAGUGAGAAGGCAUAUGACUAUCUUUCAAUUAAGGAUGCUCGGCAAAUUUUGUUGUACUCCUCAGACCAGGAACUCUUGGAAUAUAUUAAAGAGGAGCACCCUGAGUGGGAGAUUAAGAAUGGUUCUGUCUUUUUUCAAAAGGCAAAAGAGUCUGCACCAUGCAAAGAGAUACCCUCGCUCCAACUCAUCAACCAGACACUUAGUUAUGCUAGGGAGCUGGAGAGGAUUGUCUGAAAAGGAAUGCGAUGGCUUGUGUUUCCAAAUGCUCUAGGCGUUUGAGUAAUAGUUUACUCAUACUGUCUUUUGAAAUUGUUCAUUGCUGAUUCAAUGCGGAACUAUAAAAUGGUUAACCUCUGUCUUUUGGUCAUCUAGGUUGCUGUAUUGUUUAUUGGGAUACCUUUUCGUUUUUCCAUUACUUGUGCUCUGGUAAAAGAAAAAAGAAAAAUGAUUCUCUACUUUGUCGA